AUGAAGCGCGCGCUAGUGAUCCGCAACGUGUCGGGCCACGACGUGCCGCUCGACUGUCUGGAUAGUGCAUGUGUCGAGUGCUGUCAAGCGCGGGGGUUCAUCACGGAGAUAGCUGUCCACGACGAAGCUGAUGUCAGGCAGCACCUCAUGCCGCGCUCCAGCGCCAGCAACGACCGGCGCGCGGUCUCCCACCAGGCGCUGACCACGCGUGGCACCGACACUACGUCGUACGGACCCGCUGCAGUUAACCCCUUUGACGCCAUUCUGUUCCGCGCUGCGGGCCUCUCGGAGCGCCGCCUCUACGCUCUCCUUCGCAUGGUUCGCGCCAUCAGCAAGCAGAUCUUUCUCUGUGUCUUCAGUCCGCAGCUAGCAGAGCACCCCAUGGGUCGGUAUCAGUGUUUCCAAGAAGGAGCGUCGAUGGUCACAGACUCGCUCGACGCUGUGCGCGACGUCCUGUCGUUCGUGGCCUCUUGUGGGGACAAUGCGAGCGGUGAUGCGCACACGAGACGAAGCAGCAGGGGCAGGUCGGGUGGGCGCGACGGGUUCACGUGUCCAUUCUGCAGUAAGACGGGGCUGAACGAAGAUCAGCUCUGGCGACACUGUCCAUUGUACCAUAUCAACGAGAAAAAUACGGACGGAGUGACUUGCCCUAUUUGCCGAGAAACGAUCCGCGGGCCUUUCCAAGUGCAUAUGCACAACGCCCAUGGCCCCCCAGGACGACACGAGAUGGCGAGUGAAUUCCACAUGGCCGAUAGUACGCUGUACUCGUUCGCACUCGUCGUGUGUCACAACAGAAAGCACAACAGCUUCUUGUUGGUGCAAGAAUUUGCCAACUCGGGCUUUUGGUUGCCGGGCGGGCGGAUCGACAGUGGCGAGAACCCGGCACAGGCGGCAAUCCGCGAGACGAAAGAAGAGGCCGGCAUUGACAUUCGUCUCACGGGACUGCUCAAGCUCGAGUACCACCCGAAACAAGACCGCAAUCGUACUCCGUACGUUCGAAUGCGCUUCAUCUUCUACGCUGAGCCUUUGGACUGCGACCAACUGCCCAAGUCGAUUCCUGACUACGAAAGUGCUGGAGCCGCGUGGUGUCGCGUGGAUCAAGUUGCCUCUCUGCCGCUUCGUGGAUCGGAGCCUGUCACUUAUUUUAACCAUGUCGCAUCAGGCAAGCCGAUCUACCCGCUUGAUCUCAUUCACAUGACCUCGUCAUAG